GUGGAUUCUUAGAAAUCGCAGGUUAAAAUCUGGUGUUAAGCCGAGGGCAAAAUCUAAUGUACGGGCCUAUCUCACGACACAAAGACAUCAGUUAAGAUAAAGGAACCAGAAUGAAGAUACCUUGAAUGGAGGACAUUAAAAGUUUUGAAAUUUUAGUGGAUUAUCAAGAAUUUAGAUUAUACUCAUAGGAAUAUUGAAGUAUUGUAGGAUAAUACAAAGCUGACAUGAUCACCUUUAGCUUCCAGACUCUCUUUAUUGGAUUCAAAUUCUGUUGAAUUAACUAUAAAGAUCAUUCUAUGCUUUUCAAUAGAUGUGAUUUACACAUUUCUGAAACAUGUAAAUAAAGUUUAAUACUCAUCGAUGGUAUAUUGACACGCUGAAAGAAACAUAUAAAUGAAACAUAAAAUACUAGGAUAGCUUUUAGUGCAUAUAGAAAUAAUUCAACAAGGAACAUGGAUCCAAGAUAUGGUGGGAGACCUAAUCCUUAUGGAUUUCCACCAGGAGGGCCACAGUAUAGAGGACACCCUAAUUACCCACCAGAUCAGGGGAGAGACCCCAACUAUGGGCCAGAUCCUCGCUAUGGACAAGGACCCCAAUAUGGCAGUGAUUCUCAUUACAAUAGAGGUCCCCCUAUGCAGCUUCCCCCUGGGAUUCAUAGACUUCCAGAUGAGAGAGGAUAUAGAGAUGAUCCAAGAGGAUACCCAGAUGAGAGAGGACAAUAUCCGCCAGGAAGAGAUCCUCAUGAUAGAGAGCGAGGAAGGCAUUCUCAAGAUAGAGGACCACAUCAAUACCAACAGGGACCUCCAAGUCCAAGAGGAAAGCGUCGUAGUUAUCAAGAAGGACCACCAGCUCCCAUGGGACAACAACAUCCCGUGCAUCAGGGACCAUCAAGCCCAAGGGUAAAGCAAUCUAGUUAUCAUGGACCACCAGCUCCCAUGGUGCAGGGACCACCAAGUCCUGGGAAUCAUCCUGGUAAACCUAUUGAACUGAGUGAUGUAAGACCGGAUGAACUGGAACCAGACUAUGGGGAAACCAAUCGUGGAUAUGAGCAUGAUGAUCCAAGAUCCCCUACUGCUCGAGCCAUUGGUGGUGGUGCAGCAGUCCUUGGAGGAGUGGAUGAGAGCCCUCCUAGAGAGCACACUCAGCAUUACUCUAAACAUAAGGGUAAAAGCAAAUCAAGAGUUCGUAGCCAAGAAAUGAAUAACAAUGCUAACCAGGAGAUGACGAAAGACAAAAUGCUACUAAGCCACCUGCCCAGUCAUCACGAGAGGAGUGGGGGGACCCUUAGACGACGUAAGACCCACAUGCAUGCUCCGAUAGAGGUUAUGACCUCUAAAGGGCCAGAGAUAGAACUACCUAGUAGAGAUAGACGUAGCACUAAUGCUGCAGUUAGUGCUGCAACUGCUAAAGGUGUACAUGCUCUAGCCGACCAGACAAGGUCAGUAGAAACAUUUCAACACAUGGUUCAUUAGGAUUUGGGUAUUUUUAAUAUUUGAAAUGUGAACUUCAUUUUUAUCUGUAAGUAGGUUCUCGAAUAGGGUUUUCACAUCUUGUAUGUUAGCAAAUAUUUUAGGCACUGCAUUCAGUUUGUUUUAAC